GCCAGGCCCGCGCCAACCCUCGCCAUCGGAGCACAGCGGCGCUGCGCUGGGACCUUGGCCUCGACACCAGGGAACAACCAUGUCACCAUUUCUUCGAAUUGGUUUAUCCAACUUUGACUGUGGGACCUGCCAGUCUUGUCAGGCAGAGGCUGUGAACCCCUACUGUGCUGUGCUUGUCAAGGAGUAUGUGGAAUCAGAAAACGGGCAGAUGUACAUCCAGAAAAAGCCGACCAUGUACCCGCCCUGGGACAGCACCUUUGAUGCCCACAUUAACAAGGGAAGGGUGAUGCAGAUCAUCGUGAAAGGCAAGAACGUGGACCUCAUCUCAGAAACAACCGUGGAGCUCUACUCGCUUGCCGAGAGAUGUCGCAAGAACAAUGGGAGGACCGAAAUAUGGUUAGAGCUGAAACCUCAAGGCCGAAUGCUAAUGAAUGCAAGAUACUUUCUGGAAAUGAGUGACACAAAGGACAUGAGUGAAUUUGAGAAUGAAGGAUUCUUUGCAUUGCAUCAUCGCCGAGGAGCCAUCAAACAAGCUAAAGUCCACCAUGUCAAGUGUCACGAGUUCACAGCCACCUUUUUCCCUCAACCUACAUUUUGUUCUGUCUGCCAUGAAUUUGUCUGGGGGCUGAACAAGCAGGGCUACCAGUGCCGACAAUGUAAUGCAGCAAUUCACAAGAAGUGUAUCGAUAAAGUGAUAGCCAAAUGCACAGGAUCAGCUAUCAACAGCCGAGAAACCAUGUUCCACAAGGAGAGAUUCAAGAUUGACAUGCCACACAGAUUCAAAGUCUACAACUACAAGAGUCCAACCUUCUGUGAGCAUUGUGGAACCCUGCUGUGGGGGCUGGCAAGGCAAGGACUCAAGUGUGAUGCAUGUGGUAUGAACGUCCACCACCGAUGCCAGACAAAGGUCGCCAAUCUCUGUGGUAUAAACCAGAAGCUAAUGGCUGAAGCACUAGCAAUGAUUGAAAGCACCCAACAGGCUCGCUCCUUAAGAGAUUCAGAACACAUCUUCCGAGAAGGCCCCGUUGAAAUUGGUCUCCCAUGCUCCAUUAAAUGCGAAACCAGUCCGCCAUGCGCACCGAUACCUGGGAAAAGAGAGCCCCAGGGAAUUUCCUGGGAGUCCCCUUUGGAUGGGACAGAUAAAACAAGCCGUCUUCCUGAACCUGAAGUGAGCUUGCAAAGAGCCUCUCUGCACCUGAAACUGAAGAUUGAUGACUUUGUCCUCCACAAAAUGUUGGGGAAAGGAAGUUUUGGCAAGGUUUUCCUAGCGGAGUUCAAGAGAACAAAUCAAUUUUUCGCAAUAAAAGCCCUAAAGAAAGAUGUGGUGUUGAUGGACGAUGAUGUGGAGUGUACCAUGGUGGAGAAGAGGGUUCUGUCCUUGGCUUGGGAGCAUCCCUUCCUAACUCACAUGUUCUGCACAUUCCAGACCAAGGAAAAUCUCUUUUUCGUGAUGGAGUAUCUCAAUGGAGGAGACUUAAUGUACCACAUUCAAAGUUGCCACAAAUUUGAUCUUUCAAGAGCCACGUUUUAUGCUGCUGAAAUCAUCCUUGGUCUACAGUUCCUUCAUUCCAAAGGAAUUGUGUAUAGGGACCUGAAGCUAGAUAAUAUCCUCUUAGACAGAGAUGGACAUAUCAAAAUCGCAGAUUUUGGGAUGUGCAAGGAGAACAUGCUAGGAGAUGCGAAGACUAACACUUUCUGUGGGACUCCUGACUACAUCGCUCCGGAGAUCUUGCUGGGCCAGAAAUACAACCAUUCUGUUGACUGGUGGUCUUUCGGCGUUCUCCUUUAUGAGAUGCUGAUUGGCCAGUCGCCUUUCCACGGGCAGGACGAAGAGGAGCUUUUCCACUCCAUCCGCAUGGACAAUCCCUUUUACCCGAGGUGGCUAGAAAAGGAGGCCAAGGAUCUUUUAGUGAAGCUCUUUGUGAGAGAACCUGAAAAGAGGCUGGGAGUUCGAGGAGACAUCCGCCAGCACCCUUUAUUUCGGGAGAUCAACUGGGAAGAGCUCGAGAGGAAAGAGAUAGACCCACCCUUCAGGCCAAAAGUGAAAUCACCAUGUGACUGUAGCAAUUUCGACAAGGAAUUCCUAAGUGAGAAGCCCCGGCUGUCAUUUGCUGACAGAGCUCUCAUCAACAGCAUGGACCAGAACAUGUUCAGAAACUUUUCCUUUAUUAACCCAGGCAUGGAGACUCUCAUUUGUUCCUGAGCCUCAUCCCUCCCCAGACCAGAAGCGAUUUGCUCUCUCUCUGGGAACCUGUUUGAGUAACACUUCCGGGGGUCUCCUUUUCACGUUGGAAAAGAAAAGAAACACUCAACAGCAAAGGCAGAGAAGACCUUUGAGCUCCUCGCAUGACCUGUAGCAGAAACCAAGUCGACUUCACUAACGACGUCACCCUGUUAUAUCUUCUGGCGUCUCUCACAGCAGCCCUUGAAGUUAGAUCUUACUAACUCUAGUCAUUUACUUGAAAGAUGACUUGCUGAUACUGUGGAAGUUUUGAAAUGGAAUUCUGUUCCUGCCCUAGACGGAAGUUGCUGGUUGGUGAUGAACCAAGGUGCGAACACAACAGAUUUCUCCAGAUGGGAAAUGCGGUGCGUUCAGAAAGCACGCCUCUGAGAGACUGCCUUUUCUCUUAUAGACGUGGACCCCACUCAAGCACGGAGAAGGAACCACUAACCCGAGUUGUUCUGUGCAUGUCUGUGGAAAUGUAAAUGGCGGAAGGGAGGGAAAGGGGAAGCCCUGAUCAGGCUGUGGUGGGAUGCUUUCCAAUAAACGUAGCUUGGAACUUGAGAUUUACAAAUCUGUUCAUUCUGGCUAGCCCUGCAAUUCACAGGGCAGAGGAAAGUGUCAAUGAACAGAGCUCUUGUCAGCAAUGGGGAAGGGUAAGUAGGAUGCCUGUGUGGGGCGUUGAGCUCAGGCGGAAGUAAAGGACAGCUGACAAGGACAGGGUAGUUUACUGCUGCCGGUCAAGCUUUGCUUUCCCCCUGUUCUCAGCUGAUCUCACCGUCAGCAUAGUCAUUCAUUACCAUCCUCCCAUCAGACAAGAAAUGAAGUGCAUGAUCCUUUCGAGAUAAAGAAAACCAAUCCCUUGUCAUGCUGUUCCUGGUGAUUUGAUGACAAAUAAGUCCCUCUUAAGGCAUCCUCUAAGACAAAUGACCCAUGCAUGCUAUUUGUAGUAGGCAGUCCCGUUGAACUAGAGAACUAACUGUGCACUUAAAGUAUUUGUGCUGUUUGUAUAUUUUGAUGAGAUGUUGUGACAAUAACAAAGAAGUAAAUCUGUAAAAUGGAAUAAAAGAAGAAGAAAG